UCCAACGAGCUGGCGGGGGCGAAAGAUGGCGACGCCCCUUGGGUGGUCGCAGGGGGGCUCGGGGUCGGUAUGUCUCGCCUUCGAUCAACUGCGGGACGUGAUUGAGUCUCAGGAGGAACUGAUCCACCAGCUGAGGAACGUGAUGGUUCUUCAGGAUGAAAAUUAUGUCAGUAAAGAAGAGUUCCAGGCAAUAGAGAAGAAGCUGGUGGAAGAGAAAGCUGCUCAUGCCAAGACCAAAGUUCUCCUGGCCAAGGAAGAGGAGAAGCUGCAGUUUGCCCUUGGAGAGGUAGAGGUGCUAUCUAAACAGCUGGAGAAAGAGAAGCUGGCCUUUGAAAAAGCGCUUUCAAACGUUAAGAGCAAAGCCCUGCAGGAGUCUAGCAAGAAGGACCAGCUCAUCACCAAGUGCAAUGAGAUUGAGUCUCACAUAAUAAAGCAAGAAGAUAUACUAAAUGGCAAAGAGAAUGAGAUUAAGGAGUUGCAGCAAGUUAUCAGCCAGCAAAAACAGAUCUUCAGGAAUCACAUGUCUGACUGCCAGAUCCAGAAGCAGCAGGAGAACUACAUGGCCCAGGUGCUGGACCAGAAGCAUAAGAAAGUUCCCGGGACCCAUCAGGCCCGCAGGCAUCAGCGUCGCAGGGAAAAAUAAAAUGGUCGUCGCUAUUGUUUUGGCUAUAACACCUGACCUCUGCCUUCUCUGCUGUGGAGCUUCC